AUGCAGUGGUCAACCGUCACCACAAUCCUCACCCUCCUCCUCCUCAACACCACCCAGACUUCAGCCUUCAGCAUCGCCCGCGUCUGGGCAAGCUUCUACACCGAGUGUCCCGCCGACGACUCUUCCUCCUCCGCCCCGGCCCCAUCAUCACCAACCGAUGACCUCACCACCACAAGCACCAGCAACACCAACAGCAUCCUCGCCAACUUCUUCGCCUCCUUCUUCCAGCGCACGGACGACCAAUCGGCCACCGUCGUCAUCGACGUCUACUCCGGCACCUGCCAAGCCUUCCCCGUGGGCCGGCGCUACAAUGCCGACGCCAUCUCCUUCAACGCCGAGGCCGUCUACACGGGGCCCUACGACCGGUGCAACGUGACCGUGCACGAGGUGCCGGGCUGCGUCGACGCGCCCCUGAUCGAGGUCCCCAUCCAGGCGGACGGCAGCGCCGCCGCCACCUGCACCGAGCGCGAGUUCCACUCCCUCUCGCAGAUGUGGAUCAUGCUGCACUGCGAGACCGACAAGAAGUCCUCCUCCACCGGCACAAGCAUCGGCAAAAGCAGCACCACCACCAGCAGCAGUCGCGGCGGUAGUGGUCAGCAGAAGCCCUCGCAACAGGCGCAACCUCACGGUGAUGAUGAUGAUGACGACGACGAGUCUCAGUCACAAUCGUCCUCGUCCACGGAUCCCAAGAUCCCCGAUAUCCCCGCCAUCCCUGACAUCCCCAAGCUGCAACCCACGAUCUUUUCGAAGUUGCACGCCGCGCUAGAAAAUGUCACCGCCGCCACCAAUGCCGGUGCUGGGAAGGCGAACUCGACGGCUCCGGUUCUGUCGCGGUCGAUGCGUUUGCGGCGCGCGGCGCGCACUCGCUUGUCGAAUCUGUGA